UCUAGUUGAAGUUAAGUUUGUUAUAACCUAAUUAUUGAUCAUCGUUGCAUUGAUCCAGUAGAAUGCUACAUCAUUUAGAUAGCUAAUGCUAGCUGGCUAGCGAACACAAGACACUAACGUUAGUCAGGUUAAUUAGGUUAUGUGUGGCACUUACAACGACGUAUCUUGUUUAACCAGGGGUCUCAAAACAUCCUAUUACCAGGCGUGAGCAUGGGGAAGUCUAUGUCCCACCUGUCCAAGGGUUCCCAUGACGACUGCCAGGACAGCCUGACGUCAUCGUGCCCAGACCAAGGGGAUGAUGGGAAGCCUGGCGGAGACGUGUCGCAGUUCCCCUACGUGGAAUUCACCGGACGAGACAGCGUCACCUGCCCCACCUGCCAGGGCACUGGCAGGAUCCCUCGAGGUCAGGAGAACCAGUUGGUGGCUCUGAUUCCCUACAGUGACCAGAGACUGAGGCCGAGGAGAACUAAGCUCUACGUGACGGCCUCGGUGGUGGUGUGUCUGCUGAUCUCCAGCCUGGCGGUGUUCUUCCUGUUCCCGCGCUCCAUCGACGUCUCCUACGUCGGGGUCAAGUCCGUCUACGUCACCUACGACCAGAGCAAGCGCAUCGUCUAUCUCAACGUCACUAACACGCUAAACAUCACCAACAACAAUUACUACUCUGUGGAGGUGGCAAACAUCACGGCACAGGUGCAGUUCUCCAAGACGGUGAUCGGCAAGUCUCGCAUCAGCAACAUCACCACCAUUGGACCUCUGGACAUGAAACAGAUUGAUUACACCGUGCCAACCACUAUAGCGGAUGAGAUGAGCUACAUGUAUGACUAUUGCACCCUGCAGACCAUUAAGGUGCACAACAUCGUGGUUAUGAUGCAGGUGAUGGUGACCACGGUGUACUUCGGCCACGCUGAGCAGGUCUCCCAGGAGAUGUACCAGUACGUGGACUGCGGUGGCAACACCACCUCACUCCACACACACUCUGUGGCCAACAUGCUGCCCCCGCACGCGUAACCCCCCCGCCCACCAGCGGCCCCAUGACCCUCGGCCCCAUGACCCUCGGCCCCAUGACCCUCGGCCCCAUGACCACCACCACCACCCCAAUCCUCUCCUCUCCUCCUCUCUCUCUCCCCUUAUGUCUCUUUCUCCUCCUCCUCCUCUCCUCCCCUGUCCUCCCCUAUCCUCUUCUCUCCUCCUCUCUCCUCCUCUCUCCUCCUCUCCACUCCUCUCCUCUCUCCUCCUCUCCACUCCUCUCCUCUCUCCUCCUCUCCUCUCCUCUCCCUCCUCUCCUCUUGCCCCUAGACUGCGGGCCUGCUCUGGACCGCUCCUGGGCUGAGAGCUGAAGCCUUGACCACCACACUCCGGUGUGCAUCUGGGACGUUUCAGAAAGACUCUCUCACACACACACACACGCAGCACUUUAUGUCUCAAUCUCGUCCUGCGUAGUUCAUGAACUUUUUCAGUGCCACUUAACCUCAACAACACCACUCCUUUCCCAGACUCUGUGUGUGUGUGUGUGUGUGUGUGUGUGUGUGUUUGUGUGUGUGUGUGUGUGCAGUCUGCCCAAGCCGUUUAGUUCUCAUCCCCAUCUCUAGUCGUAGCAUUAAUUAUCGCCAUGGCGAUGACCUCUGGGCCUGCUGGCCUCCAGCUCCACACUGCAUCUAUUUAAAGUAUUUAUUUACUGUAGAAAGGCUUACCUCAUGUCUCUUCACCUAAGACCCCUCACACGGUCAAGUGUGUGUGUGUGUGUGUGUGUGUGUCGCCACCUUGUGGUACGCUCAAGAACAUUCCCGCUCACCUCCAUUUGCAAAAUACUCACUUCGGUCCUGCAUGAGAAGCCUGAGCUGGUUCUUAACGGUCCGAACAAAAGAGAAGAACCAGAAGCGAUCCGUAACCUAGCAGAACCCAACAGAACAGAAGAACCAGAAGCACCAACCGGGCCCAGGGUUCCGUUAAGGACAUCACAAGAACCAGCCCUGUUUCCGUUAAGAACACCACAAGAACCAGUCCUAGUUCCAUUAAGAACCCAUAAGAGCCAGCCCUGGCCUCUCCCAAACCCUGCAAGAACCAGCUAUGGUUCCGUUAAGAACAACACAAGAACCAGUCCUAGUUCCAUUAAGAACCCAUAAGAGCCAGCCCUGGCCUCAUCCAAACCCUGCAAGAGAAGAGCAGAGUAGAGACAUGUGUUAGCAGAAGUGUGUGUUCUGCUACGCUAGUGUGUGUUCUGCUACACUAGAAACGGAACUGUGGAUUGUGUUUCACAUUCAAACUACUUUGGUGGUGAUAGAUAUUUAGUGUGUAGGUGAAUUCAAAUCUAUUUAGUUUAAUAUUGCAUUUUUAACAUGGUUUCUACAAAAGGUUGCGAAAGAAUUUAACAUUUUUAAAAAACAUUUUUAAUGGAAGUUGUAAAAAUAAGCUUCAGAAA